UGUACGUCGCGAAGCACUGGAUCCGAGCGGAGGGUGGAUCCCCCAGCAACCCGAAGUUGGGAGAACGGUGCAGAGAGACACUCGAGCAAAGCGAAGCGAUCUCACAGGUUUCCACUGAAUCACUCCUUCACUCCCGCUCCGUCACCCCAUCUUCCGCGCCGUUCGCGGGCGUAUGCAUACAUGUAAACGCCCGUGUCCGUAGUGAUCGGCCCAUGGUCGUUGCAGAUCGAGCAUGGCGAACUACUUAGCUCAGUUUCAGACGAUCAAGAGCUCCUGCGAUCACCUCGUGAUUGCCGUUGAAGAUGUGAGUGACUUGUGGCCAACUAUCAAGAAUGGAUUUGAGGAGAGAUUGCCUUUCAAAAGAGCUAGUUUGAAUAACAAGGCCCGUAAUCCAGUGUUUGUGAACUUGCCUGCUGAAUUCAUCCUGACGACUGAUGCUAGACUUCGCAGCCGCUUUCCGCAGGAACAAUCUUUGUUUUGGUUUCGGGAGCCAUAUGCUACCAUGAUUCUUGUGACCUGUGAGGAUCUUGACGAGUUCAAAACCAUCCUGAAACCACGACUGAAACUAAUUGUACAGAAUGAUGAGAGAGAAUGGUUUAUUGUGUUUGUGUCCAGAGCUCAUCCAACUAACGAUCAGGCCACUAAAUUGGCCAAAAAGGUAUAUGCCAGGCUUGAAGUUGAUUUCAGCUCCAAGAAAAGAGAAAGGUGCUGCAAAUAUGACAUACACGGUCCUGAAGCAAAUUUCUGGGAAGAUUUGGAAUCGAAAAUUGUAGAGUCCAUCAGGAAUACCCUGGAUAAGCGUGUUCAUUUUUACGAGGAUGAGAUACGGAAGCUCAGUGAACAACGAUUCAUGCCGAUUUGGAACUUCUGUAAUUUUUUCAUAUUGAAGGAGAGCUUGGCUUUUAUGUUUGAAAUGGCUCAACUUCAUGAAGACGCGUUACGCGAGUAUGAUGAACUAGAACUCUGCUACUUGGAAACAGCCAACAUGACUGCAAAGAGGGACUUUGGAGGACUAGAUAAGGGUGACGAUCAAGCAGCACUCCUCAAUCCCGGAAAUAAGCCGCUCACACAGAUUGUUCAAGAUGACUCAUUUAGGGAAUUUGAGUUUAGACAAUAUCUCUUUUCCUGUCAAUCAAAGCUUUUAUUCAAACUCGGUAGGCCAUAUGAGGUUGCGUCGAGGGGUUAUUCAUUUAUAAUAAGCUUCUCAAAGACACUGGCAGUAUAUGAAAGCAUACUACCAUUUUGUAUGCGUGAAGUGUGGGUAGUGACUGCAUGCUUGGCUUUAAUCAGAGCAACUUCCUCUCAUUACAAAGAUGGACAUGUCUCUUCCGAUGUAGAAAAGGAGUUCUACCGUCUUGAGGGUGAUCUAUAUUCUCUAUGUAGGAUUAAGUUUAUGAGGCUGGCAUAUUUGAUUGGAUAUGGGAUGAAUAUGGAAAGAAGUCCUGUCAACAGUGCCUCGCUCAGUAUGCUACCUUGGCCCAAACCUGCAAUUUGGCCAUCUAUUCCACCAGAUGCUUCAUCUGAGGUGCUCAUGAAAGAAAAGAUCAUUCUACAAGCUAGUCCUAGAGUCAAGCUCUUUGGUAUUCACAGGAAGCAGUUGCCUCUUGAACCUUCAGUAUUGCUGCGUGAGGCUAACCGUCGAAGAGCUUCUCUGUCUGCUGGAAACGUGUCAGAGAUUUUUGGUGGUCGACCGGGUUUUGCUGAUGGGUUGGGUUCCGAUAUAUCUUUAAAAACUUCCCCAUCAAAUAAAGCUCCCGCAGCGAUUAUGUCACGAACAAAUUCGUCUCCAGGAUUUGAUAGCUCAAUCGGUAGGCCUAUGAGGCUUGCUGAGAUUUAUGUUGCUGCAGAACAUGCUCUUCGCAAUACCAUAUCGAGUCCAGAUCUUUGGAAAUCUUUCUCAUCUUUGGAGGAUUUCGAGGAGAAAUAUCUGGAGCUAACCAAAGGUGCUGCUGACAAUUACCAUCGUUCUUGGUGGAAAAGGCAUGGAGUUGUCCUUGAUGGUGAAAUAGCUGCGGUCUGCUUUAGGCAUGGAAAUUUUGACCUAGCUGCAAAGUCUUAUGAGAAGGUUUGCGCUCUUUAUGCUGGUGAAGGAUGGCAUGAUUUAUUGGCUGAAGUUCUGCCCGACCUGGCCGAGUGUCAGAAGAUACUGGAUGACCAAGCUGGCUACCUAUCUUCUUGUGUGAGAUUGCUUUCAUUGGAAAAAGGCUUAUUCUUGACCAAAGAACGUCAGGCCUUUCAGUCAGAAGUGGUUCGUUUGGCUCAUAGUGAAAUGAAGAAUCCUGUUCCUCUAGACGUUUCAUCACUCAUUACAUUUUCUGGCAAUCCUGGCCCUCCACUGGAAUUAUGUGAUGGUGAUCCAGGCACUCUAUCCGUUACCGUUUGGAGUGACUUUCCGGAUGAUAUAACACUUGAUUCGCUUAACCUCACCCUGAUGGCUACAAAUAAUGCUGAUGAAGGAGCUAAGGCAUUGAAAAGCUACAGUGCAAUCAUUCUGAAUCCUGGUAGGAACACUAUCACCCUAAAUUUACCCCCACAAAAACCAGGUUCCUAUGUCUUGGGAGUUCUCACUGGACAGAUUGGGAUAUUGAGAUUCAGAUCUCAUGGUUUUUCCAAGGGUGGCCCUGCUGACAGUGACGAUUUUAUGAGCUAUGAAAAACCAACAAGACCAAUAUUGAAGGUCUCCGAUCCAAGACCUCUGGUUGAUCUUACCGCGUCUGUCUCAUCUGCUUUGCUAAUAAACGAGCCGCAAUGGGUCGGAAUAAUAGUACAGCCUAUCAACUACUCUUUGAAAGGUGCUGUCCUUCACAUUGACACUGGUCCAGGUCUGAAGAUCGAGGACUCAUAUGCCAUUGAGAUGGAGAGCUUUAACCAUGAGCUGCAGAAUACUGCUAAUACAAGGAAAGAGGAUGGUGAUUGGGAGAAGGAUUCUUCCAAUAAUUAUCAUAAGAAUUUGGAGCAGUUACUACUCCAACAUGGUCGAAUAGAGUUCCCAGAAUGGGCGUGCAGCAUGACUUCUAUUCUGUGGAUUCCAAUUCGAGCCAUCAGUAGCGAGCUUGCUAGAGGAUCAUCUUCAGUCAACCCCCAGAAGCAAAGCAUUGUAGAUGGGAUGAGGACGAUAGCUUUAAAACUUGAAUUUGGAGUGUCUCGCAACCAGAUAUUUGACAGGACCAUAGCUGUGCACUUCACCAAUCCCUUCCAUGUCAGCACACGCGUUGCAGAUAAAUGCAGUGAUGGUACCUUGCUUCUGCAGGUUAUACUCCAAUCGCAAGUAAAUGCCACAUUGACUAUCUAUGAUGCUUGGCUGGAUCUUCAAGAUGGAUUUGUCCGUACUAGAGAAGAUGAUGGAAGACCUACUUUAGGAUUCUUUCCUCUCUUCAUCUCUCCAAACACUCGUGCAGGGAUCCUCUUCAGCAUAUGUACGGAGAAAAUAGUUGGAGGUCAUAUGGAAGCACGGCAAGAGAGUAUACUUAAUAUCAAAUAUGGAAUUUCUGGUGAUCGCACUAUUGGCGCACACCCACCUGUUGCAGAAGACUCCAACAGACUUGGAUGUGAUGGGCGGGAUUUGAUCUUUAGGAGUACUCUUUCUUUGCAGCGGCCUGUGCUUGAUCCAUGUUUGGCUGUUGGUUUUCUGCCUCUUCCUUCUAGCGGGCUUAGAGUUGGACAACUUGUUGCAAUUAAAUGGAGAAUUGAAAGGUUGAAGGAUUUUGAGGAAAUCGUUAUCUCGCAACACCAUAAUGAUGAGGUCUUAUAUGAAGUCAAUGCAAGUUCUGUAAAUUGGAUGAUUGCUGGCAGGAAGAGAGGGCAUGUCUCUCUAUCUCCAAAUCAAGGUUCCAGAAUAAUCAUCUCCAUAUUAUGCGUGCCGCUGGUGGCUGGUUAUGUUCAUCCCCCACAACUAGGGCUGCCAAACAUUGACAAAGCAAAUAUCAGUUGCAAUCCAGCGGGUCCUCACCUGGUCUGUGUACUGCCUCCGGCCCUCAGCUCCUCAUUCUGUAUCCCAGCAUGAUUUCCUCACCUGCUCUAACGUUAGUCCAAUCCUCAACUCGGUCGUGCCACUUCCGAUACCUGUAAGAUUUUUUCAUUCAAACAGAGUUAGACGAGGUAAAGAGAGUAAGCAAGUAUUAGAAAUUUUACAAGAUUCAAGAUUUGUAAAUCCUUUCUCUUUCGUUGUUGUUCAGGGAACGAAAACAGUAGCUGAGUUUGUUGUGUGAGGUAGUUAUUCAGGUGUUCUAGGUCCCAGCCACCUUGUACUUCCUGGUUCAUGUACAGCGGGAAUUUUGCUGUCCUCUUUGUUGUACAACACUUUUCCAGUAUAGUGACCGAGGCAAAAAAAGGGCUUACACUUCU